AGGCUCAACCGUCCAAUAAUGAAGGUCCAACCCUGUAACGUAAAGCAGACUAACGCACAGACUGAACGCCUCACUGAAGACAACCGUGUUUCUUUCAGGCACAUCCGUAUGUGUUUUCUGAACUGUCUUUUAAUCCAGCAGAACUUCCCCCCUCUUUCACACGUUGUUCAACUAAACUGCGUUAACACACCUUCACACACUAGUACGCCACGGGUGAUAUUUCUCACUUCUAUUUACGUGGUGCGCUUAUUUUGAAAGGACUCCAGCAGUCAAGUGACUCCCGGAAGUUUUUGUUUCCUCACCUGUCAGUCCUGACACGGUGCGAGAGUCCAGCCUCGUCUCUUUGUUUUCCUCCGAGAAACAGGUCUCCUUUCUUCGAGAAUCAAUGCUAACCCUGCGUGGUGUACUGUCACUGAACUGAGGAGAGCAUCUAACACGGUCCUCUAUCUGCUACAGAGUAGGCCUGUGCAGGCAUGGAGCCCCUGGCAGUGGAUGAUGACAUUUGCAUCCUUAAACAUGAGACGGCCUACACCGCUGCUGGCGAGAGUCCUUUAUCGGUGUGUGCUGGCGAUGAAUCUGUCGCUUCCCACUUUGCCCUGGUCACGGCCUAUGAGGACAUCAAGAAGAGGCUGAGAGACACAGAGCGAGAGAACACAUUGCUGAGGAAGAGGGUUAAGCAGCUGGAAGAUAAGCUCUUUAGGCCAGAGGCUCCUCCAUCAGAAGGUCCCCAGUACGUAAACAAGGCCUUCAGUGCUUACCGAGGCAUCUAUAUAGAGAAGGAGGACCUGCAGUUGGAGCUUAAUAAACUGAAAAAGGAGAAGAGUGAGAGUGAGAGGUUGCUGACGGAGCAGCUCCAGGCCAAAGAGUUGGAGCUACUUCAGCUGAGGACGGAGAUGGAGACCAGCCAAGGUACAGUGAUGAAGAGCCUGAACAGCCCUCAGGACUACUGGCAAGUGGACAGUGUCGGCACUGACCUAAAAAUCCACAAACUGCAGGAGGAGCUGGAGAGGGUGACACUGGAAAACAACAGACUGCUAGAGAGAAGUGGGGAGGAACCCCAUGGCCUUAACGGACCAGGCUUGGACCAGAUCUGUGACACAAAGCAUAAUACAAGGGAGAGGAGCAUGCAGCAGACGUACGAGGCCUUGUGUUGUGAGGUCACUCGUCUCCACACAGAGCUGAAGCACCAAACGGGCCUGAUUCGAAAACUGAGGCCACAAGCUGCCUCCACGGUCCCAGUCCAGUGUCUUGACGACGUGGAAAAGAACAACAACCACGCAGUUCCCCGGGCGUCAGCGCCUCGCCCCCUAGUGCCCCCCACUCCCCUCGUGCUCCGGCCGCCCCUGCCCCCCGCCGGCGGUUCGUCAGGCACACUGCUGCCGGACAGCCUGAGGGAGGACUGCUGGUACAAUGGGCCCUGGCCCUCCCAGAGCUGUUCAGGAGAGGCCCUGGUUGGCAGCGACACCUGCUCCGUCGUCCUGCCCCCGCCUCCCCUGAACCAAGCCUCCCUGGACGACAGCUCGCGGUCCUUCCCCAGCCCCCCCAAACCCAGUGACGCCAUGUUCUGGGAGGGACACUCCGCUGCAUCCAACUCCUCAUCCUCAAUCGGAAACUGCUGCCCUAGGAUCCCGCCCAACGCCGAGUGGGCCAAGCCCUAUUGAGAGGAACUUUGAUGGGAGAACAGAUGAUUAAAUAGAGUGUAAUUAGAUGGAAAAUAAACGAAUGGACGAACAAAUGGACUCUCCAACCCUGCCACAUAGCUACCACCUAACCUGCCUUAAGUUGAUAAGACCACUCCUCUUGGCUGGACUGCACUGGACCUGCUGGUUAUGGGAACGAAUUGAGGCCAGAGGAGGCCUUUUUUGAGGUAAAGACUCUGUAAACUCAUCACUCCGUCAUCUCUGCACACCGCAUCAGAGAACAUAUCGGACUUUUGCAGAGGAACAUUUGAUGAGAGACCCUCAGCAGAGUUGUUUGUCGGUGUGUAUGUGUCCUUGUAUGCACACGCUUAGUGAGUGCAAGCAUGCAUACAAGCCCUUUUCAUUUCUGUGUGUGCAUAUACACACAUCAAGCAGAGUGUGCCUGUGUGUGUGCAGAUCAGUGUGUGGGCAUCUUUGGCCUGCCUGUGUCUGUAUAUCGUCAUAAUAAACCUGAUAGGGCUCAAAGGGCCUCUUUCUCCAUUCACUGUGGCCAGUGAUCACUUGGGCCACAGCAUUGUACCAGAAUUUGUAAAACUACUCCCUCCAAUGCAAGUCUUUUUACAUUUAAUCGCUGUAAAGUACACAAGAUAUGUAGUCCCAUGUGUGUCUCAUGAUGGUGUGAAGGAGAUUUGUAGGUAUGAGGACUUGAUGUGAUUGUUUUUGUACUGUGAUGGCGACAGACAUGCAGUAACUGUAGGAUAAGUUUUGUUUAAAGUUUUAACAGCUACCAAAUGACGUUCUUUAUUUUCCCUCAAAAUUAUUUACAUUAAGGUCCUUACGGAUCAGUAUCAAAGUAGGCUACCAAAUCAUUUUUGAGAAUGCAGUUAAAGUAUUUGGAUUUUUUAAGGAUACAGCGUAACGAGUAGGAAAUAAUCAUUUUAAUCUUAAAAAAUGUGUAGAUUACUGAAAUAAAACAUGCACUCUCACUGGCACCAAUAAAGGUUUUAACCGUUUACGAUUUUCACAGAAAUAUCACCACUCAAUCAAGCCUCCUUGUAAAUGGACACGUUAGAUAUAAGGUUCUGUUUUUCAAUUUGAAGGACUCAUGGACGAGGCUGAACACACACUCCCCUGUAUUUGAAACCCUCAAUAAGUUGGAAACCCAAUUAGGUUUGUGGGGAUUUUGAAUUAUAGAAAAUGUAUCUUAACUCUGUACUGUGCUGAUGUUAAUCUAUGAUACAUUUUUGUUUCCAGUAUGAGCGAAGUUGUUGUGAGGAGAGAAGUUUCUCUUUGAUUUUGUUUUUUUUUGUUUUUUUUAGAGUACAAACAACUGGAAGGAUGUACAAAAGAAAACACGAGUGGAAUACAAAGAUACACUGAGGGACUAUGUGCAUAUCUGUAUAAAUGUAUAUGGUGGGCUUGUGUACUCUGCCAAUCGCAGUUUUGCACUCCAAAGCAUAGGUUUCGAUUUUUUUUCUUCCUGAACCCCUAAGGCUUCUGAUAUGUAUAAAAACUCUUUAUGAUGGUCGCUUUAAGUUUAAAAACUUGAAAUGUGAGCUGUGACUUGAUCAAAUAACAAAAAGUGCACAAAGGCCCGUGGUUGUUGAAAAGACUUUUGUUAUUUUCCAUUUUCUUCACUAUGUUUCAUGAUAACUGUGGUCUUUUUCUUCAUUUUUAAGAAGUGUUAUUUUACAGCAGUAGUUUCAUACUUCUGUAAACAAUUUGCAAACCAAAAUGCAAUGUACAGUAGAUAUGGAUUAUAUUUUAGAUUUACUGCACUUCAGACUGUUUGUAAAUAUGAUCAAUUAAACAAAGGAAAGGAAAGACUGUGUGAGUUUGCUUUGUACAUUCAAAUUUUUAACGAGGUUGUGUGGUUCAUUAUAAUAAAACUGGAGGU